AUGAAUUUAGUAAACUAUAAUUUUGAUUGUAAAUCGAUAUGUGGUGAUGGAUGUAUACUUGGAUUAUCCAUAGUUAUUUUAUUUUAUUUUGGUAUCUCGCUAUUCAUCAUACGACAUUAUUAUAUAAGAAGACAAUUACGUAGGGAUGGUACGAUCAUUGUCACUACUAGUAAUAGAAUUGAUCCGGAACUUGGCGGGCAUAAAAGACGAGAUAGUAAUGAAACUGUUGUAAAUGCAUUCACUAGAGAUUAUAGUGGUGACGAAGAGUCGACAAAAUCAUUAUUAAAAAGGUCAAAAUAUGAUUGGGCAAAAGAAGUAGUAUAUGCUCCAAAAUACGAAAUAGUAGUAUAUAGUAAUAUAACAAUUGGCAUUAGUAUGGCAUUAUCAAAUAAGAAUGCUGAUAAUACUGACGAGUUAUCUCCAAGGACUCCAAAAAAAAAUUCACAACUUUGUAAUGGAAUAUCAACAAGUGGUAAACAUUGUAAACGUCUUGUUGCAAAUGGAGAGUAUUGUGGUUAUCAUAAAACAAACAGCAUUUUAGAAGAUAUUGGAAUAAAAAAUAACUAUACAAUGCUCAAAAAAACCAACUUACUUGUUGAGUUGUCGUCAUCUGAAAGGAUAACAAGUGACAGUUUAUCAAACAAUUCAUUAGUCGACUGUGAAAAUAAAGAUGUUGCUAGUUCAUUAAAAAUUGGUUUAAAGACGUCAACAAUUCAGUCAAUAGAUAAUCCUAGUAGAGAUUCAGUGGAUUCUAUUGACGACGAUUAUAUAUUUGCGCCAAUUGAAAGUCCACCAAAUGAUAUUUCAGAAAGUCCAAUAGUUUUGGGUGAUGAUAACAAAAAAUUAGAAAAAAAGAAAGACAACUACGAUGAAGUUGAUUGGUUUAAAACAUCAUCUCUUAAUAAUACCAAAUAUUACAAUAGCUCAUUUUAUAAGUCAUUAAAAUCUGUUGUUACGCUUGAAGAAAAUCACAUUGAUUCUAUUGUGGAUAAAUUUAAUACUCUCUACAUUGAUGAAAAAAAUAAUUUGAAUUGUAAUGUUAUUGACAAAGAAUUUGCUGAAUCGAUUUCACCGUAUGAUUUAACACCAAAAAAAAAUGGUAUAUUAGAGACUAAAACCCUUACUUCAUACAAAAAGACACCUUCAUCACACGAAAAACCAAAAAGAUCGACACUUGUUGAUGAUAAUUUUGAUGUUGUUAAAUCACCUAAUACAUACGUCACACCUACUAGGCUUACAUCCCUAUUCUCAAUAGAUAAUCCUAGUAGAGAUUCAGUGGAUUCUAUUGACGACGAUUAUAUAUUUGCGCCAAUUGAAAGUCCACCAAAUGAUAUUUCAGAAAGUCCAAUAGUUUUGGGUGAUGAUAACAAAAAAUUAGAAAAAAAGAAAGACAACUACGAUGAAGUUGAUUGGUUUAAAACAUCAUCUCUUAAUAAUACCAAAUAUUACAAUAGCUCAUUUUAUAAGUCAUUAAAAUCUGUUGUUACGCUUGAAGAAAAUCACAUUGAUUCUAUUGUGGAUAAAUUUAAUACUCUCUACAUUGAUGAAAAAAAUAAUUUGAAUUGUAAUGUUAUUGACAAAGAAUUUGCUGAAUCGAUUUCACCGUAUGAUUUAACACCAAAAAAAAAUGGUAUAUUAGAGACUAAAACCCUUACUUCAUACAAAAAGACACCUUCAUCACACGAAAAACCAAAAAGAUCGACACUUGUUGAUGAUAAUUUUGAUGUUGUUAAAUCACCUAAUACAUACGUCACACCUACUAGGCUUACAUCCCUAUUCGUUAAUUUUGAUCAGAUUGAAGAUGAUUUAUUAUCCAGCUGUUCUCCUUCAAAAUCAUCAAAAAAUUUUCAAUGUAAUGGUUACACUCAAAAUGGUAAAAAAUGCAAAAAUAAAAUCAAAGCUUCACAAUACUAUUGUUAUAACCAUAAACCCGAAAAAAGUAAAAUAGAUUUAGAAAAUUUAUUUAUACCAACCAAUGAUACAAACGGUAUUUGGAUUAGAACUGAUGGUUAUAUUAAUAAGGAUUUAUCACAUAAUACUAAGAAUUCUUUACGGCUGGAAAUGGAAAAAAAGAUAUCUAUUAGUGAUGAGGCUGGCUAUAUAUAUAUAUAUCGAGUUAUCGAAGUAUCAUCACACUCUACUCAAAAUUGUAUACAUUAUAAAGUUGGUCGAACUAAGAAUAUAAUUAGACGAUUGAAUGAAUGGAAAAAUCAGUGCAAGUACAAACUUAAACUUAUAGAUUGGUUUCCAAGUACUGGUGGUUUGUUAAUAUCACAAAAAACAGAAAAUGCAGAUGAAAUCAAUGGCAAUGACGGGCACAAAGAUUUAGAAAGACAAAAAAUUAUGAAAUCAUGUAAAUUUACACAUCGUGCUGAACGAUUGAUUCAUCUAGAGUUAUCAGAGAAAUUUAAAGCUGAGUCAUCAAAAUGUUUAUUUUGUGAGAAAAUUCAUCGUGAAAUAUUUAAAAUUGAUAUCACAUCUGUAGUAGAAACAACAGAAACAAAAGUAAAAACAGCGGAAACAGCCUUAAUUAAAGAUGAUAAAGAAUUACCAGGCCUUGAAGAAAUUCGUAAUGUUAUUAUCAAGUGGGUAAAAUAUAUUGAAGAAGUUUAUGGACCCGAUUAA